AUGCCCGUGCAUGACCAUCGGCUUUGGUCACUGUGCAGAUGCGAGCAGUACGACCUGCUGGGCGCACUGGGCAGUACGGCAUUGGGUGCCGCUGCAGGGGCCCCUGUGGAUCCUGCAGCGAAGCGAGCAUAUAAGGUCGAAAAGUUCAAGCGGGAGAAGGCUCUCAAUGCGGCACUGGGGGCGCUUGAGGCGCGGCGACUGGCGGCUGCGGCACGGGAACGGGAGGACGAGGCGGGUGCGCGUGGGAUCAGGGCUUCGGCACCCGCAGCGGACUCUGCAGACGCAGCUGCCGUGGCGGCGGUAAGCGCUGGCGCCGCCGCAAUGGGCGUUGGCAGCGCUGGCGGAGGCGGAGGCGGUGGUGGUGGUGAGCUGGACGAUGAGGAUGAGCGGCAGCUGUGGAUUUGGCGAGUGGAGCUGGCGGUGCUGCAGGCACUGGAGUUGCAGGCAUCAUUGAAGCAGGAGGCGGAGCUUCUACGGUGUGCUGCGACAAUGGAGGCGGCGGCAGCCACGGCCGGACCGGGCCCUUCCUCGAGCCGCGGCGGCAGCAGGCCUCUGGAUGACAGGGGCCCCAGCGAGGCGGAGAAGGCGGAGUUGAUGUCCCGGCUUCGGAGCAUCUGCCGGGACCUGGACGGAAACCGGCGGGAACAGUUACGACAGAACGUGUUCAAGCCCAGCCACACGUUGCCAACGCUGACCGUGGAAGAGGCGGGCGAGAUCGAGAAGCGCGAGGCACUGGAACGGGAGGAGCGGCAGCGGCGGCAGGAGGAGAAGGAGCGGGCGAGACGGGAGGCUUUGGACAGCGACGAGGAGGAUGCGGAGGACAAGGCCAAGCAGCGAGCCUGGGACGACUGGCAGGAUUCCCACCCCAAGGGCUAUGGAAACAGCAAAUUGCGGCCCUGCGGCUGAGAAGGGAGAGAAGCCAGCGGGAGGGGGAGAGCAGGAGGGGGAAGGGGAGGAGGACCGCAGGAGUGUUGUGGUCCGCAGCUCUGGUGGAAAGCUCAAGGCAGGGGGGAAAAGAGGAGCAGGAGGUGGAAAGAAGAGCGCGGUCCUGCCUCCGGGGGAACCCAGUACAACACAGUUGUCCAUCACAGCGACCAGGUAUGACCGCACCGAGGCGCAGGCGAGGGCAAACGAAUGAGCGCCGAAUGUAUCAGAGGGGGGGGGAGAGAAUGAAUGAAUGAAUGAUGUCUAUGUUGAGGUGUAGUACCGCUCGGCGGCCACGGCUGUGGUCGCGAUCGAUGCUGGCGCUGGCAAACUGUAUUGCUGUUUGCAUCGCAACGUAGUACGCUCUCGAAAAGGCCCAGUGCGGGAGACGUUAAAAGUCGUCCGCAGGGCACCCGGUUGAGUUACUUUUGGAGUUCCGGUAGUAGUGGUUUUUUUAAGGAGUGCAGGUGCACGGCUGAUGGAGACAUGUAAGGUAGGCUCCAGGCUGGGGCCUUUUGGGGGGCAGAGGUUCCUUUUGCACUACCUACCGUCGCGCGUUACUAUGCUGGACUUGGCUUUCACAGGAGGCGGAAGUAUUGCUCCUGUGACUGGAUGUAUCGCUUCUUUACUUG